GAGGGGAAAAAAAGAGAGAAUUGGGAUUCCCUCUGCUGUUUUGGUUUCCAUACUGUCCUCGUCUCUCACCCUCUUUUUUUUUUUUUCGUUCCUCUUUUUGUUGCUGCAGACCUGGCAUCGGUUGCUUCGUUCUUUAUGUCCCCAGCGAGUGCCGCCAGCUGUGACGUGUCCGUGUCUGUACAGGCUUUUGCAGGUGCCUUUGCAGCAGUAGCAGCAGCGGCAGCGGAAGUCAGCGAGGAUGCCGACGCUGGCAAGGGAAACGUGCGUUUGAAGCCGACUCCGCUAUGUGGCCUGCCUCCUUGCUGGUUGCCCGCGGAGGGCCAUGGAAUUGUUGUUGAUGUCACCGGGAAUGCACGGUGGGUUCUGCUCGCCACGUGGCUGAUCAAACUUGUUGGCCGUCUGCUGAUGGAAACCCCGCUUCUUGUCAGCGGCUUGGUGACACGGGACACACUUUUGGCCAUCAGCUCCUUUUUGUGUUACAGCGAUGUCAUGCUGCAGAAGGCAGUCCUGGACACUAUACGGGCAGUGACUGCCACAAUUGAUGGCGAGAUUAUUCCGACGGAGGACAUUUUGACGGUGAUCGCUAAGCUGUUGGAAGUUGAAGCUGAGAGGGAAGAAGGAUCCUUUCCUGACAGGUUAUCGGUGAUUGGUGCAUCUCUGGGCUCGUGUCUCUUGGCCUUGUACUCCGCGGCCAGUCCUUGGAUGAUCGAAUUCUCUGCACAGAGCAUCGUGAAGACGAUCCCACACGUUGCGACGACUACAAGCAGCAUGGAACUGAAGGUUGCACUUUGUGAAGCUUACCUGACAAUUCUGAGACUGUGCCCACAGUAUGCUGAGUGUCUUCCCCUCUUCUUUCCUCUCCUUGGAGUGCCGGGUGUCGGUUCGAUCCUGAGUAAGUGCAUCCAGGCAGUAGUGGAGCUCUUGCCUCUUCACAAGAUGCCAUGGCAGUCGCGAUAUCGCGACUCGGAUACUGUGGAGAGGCAGCCCGGUGGGGAAGGGGAUGGGAUCGCCAUGGAGAAUGCUGUUGUAGGUGGACCUGUGGCAAUUGGAGUUGAAGACGAUCCGCGUGGUUUACGUGUCAAGCGUCGAAAGAUUCAAGUGUCGCCCGAAGAGUGGGAAAGAUGGGCCAGUACCUCCUCAUUAUUGCCAGUGGGAGAAGGCAUGCAUGCCGGGAUCGAUUCCACGAGGAGACUUUUUGAAUUGAUUGUGCUCGAGAUCGAAUCCCUAGACCCCGAUGUAUGCAUCCAAGGAGCUCAAAGUGGAGGUGACGACAGAUCAGAGGAGAGUGCAAAGGAGGUCAGCUGGCAAAUGCAGAAGGCCCUGUCUAUGCUGUGCAUCUGGGUGAGGGUCUUUGCACGAUCGACAAGGACCAUGUGCCAUGCACUUGUGAUUGAGAAGAUCUGUGCUUGGAUAAGGUGGGCAGUAACUAAGAUGAAUGACAGCAGGAUCAUCACUUCGUCUCACAUGGCGCUCUUAAUGGAAGUGCUGGACAGAUUCCUUAUAUUGGAUGGGGGUGGCGGUGGCAGUAAUGCCGUUGGCAGCCGGGAGAAUAAUGGCGCUUCACCCACUGGGAGCUGCCCGAAUAAGGAAAACAGUAGCAGGUCGCAAUACGACUCGCAGUUAUGGGACUUCGAGGCGGUGAUGAAAUUGCUUCCAUAUCCCUGGAGGUGCAAAGACACACGCACAAAAGGUUCUUCCGACUCAUCAGACGUUGAUCUCAAUGAUCAUCCUAUGGCGGAGAAAGAGCUGGAAGCAGCAGAAGAUACGACAGAGCAUGCGGCAGACAGCCAGAAGCCAAUGCCACCGGAAUGCAUGUUGAAGAUGAAAAUAUGCGCAAUUAGCAUUGCAGCUGUCAUCGAGCGAUUCAGUUGCGAAGCAAAGGGCGAAGAGAUUCUCCUGCUCGCUCUGCAGGAUGAUAGUCCUCAGGUUCAGUCGCGUGCGAUCUUCUUGGCUCCUGAAUUUUCCUGGAAGUGGGAUUUUGAAAAGGCGCUUGGCUAUGCUGCGAAGAUAAGGGAUCUAGCGCCACGUGAUGACCUGGUUUGUGAGGCGGUCACUCACUUUGUGGGGGUUAUGGCUUGCAUCUCAUCCCUUCCUGGAGUGAUAAUGACACCGGGAGAGAGAAAAGGGGAAGGAGGAGUGAGCUUCAAAGUGAUGCCAGAAGCAUUGGUUUGCCCUUCUUGCGAUGGGCAGGGAUCGGUGGACGGCGGAGGAUGCAAUAGAGGAGAGAGUGGAGACAGGAAAGGGUGUAAGGUGUCGCGCAUCCCACUGUCCACAUGGAAGCCUUUGAUUCAACAUAUGCUCCUUGAGAAGAGAUCCCCACGGGUUCUGGUUGCAUUCUUGUCGAGCCUGGCGCGGAUGCUGAAGCAUGCGGAUAAACGAGAAGUAGAAGCCAUGAGGGAAGACCUCUUGAAGACCGUAGAUUCCGCUCUGCUGCAUCCUGUGCCGUCUGUGAGAUCCUCACUGUGCUCCAUCAUGAGUGUGUUCUUGGAGAAAGACAUUCUCGAAGGCUUGUUUGUGAGGACAGGAAUGCCGGAGGACGGUGACAGGGAGAGAGUGCAACGGGAGGAGGAUGAAAUGCCAGAGCUGCAACUGCUAGGGAAACUACAGCAUGCGCUGUCCCGUACUGAAGAUGCUGCAGUUAAGGAGACAGUCCUGGCAUCAGUCGCAGAGUUAGCGAUCACCGCCCUGGGGCCUGAUGGUGGAGAACUUGUAGGGGGAGAGGGGAGACGGGGUGAAUGUGGAGGUGGCGGGAGUCCUGUAGGAAGUGCAGAUCAGUCAAAACGGCUGGUCUUCUUUUCGAUUGUCCUGCUCAUCGAGCAGCUGGAUAGUGAAGACGCUCAGCUACGAAUAGCAGCCGUGACUAUGAUUCAGCGAAUUGCAGUGCACGGGUGGGAGAUUAUGGAUGAGGACAAGCAAUAUCAGGUGGAGAUGGGAGAGGGAGGCAAGGAGAGAGCAAGUGUGAGGAGGUUGAUUGAGACUUACAAAGAGGAGUUAUUCGACUACCUGACGUCACGAAUGGUAAGGAGAUCCGCCAUGGUCGCUGAGUUUGUGGAGUCAGUGGCGGGCAUGAGGCUUGUGGAUAUGCUGCGUGAGAUGGUGCCUGUCGUUCUACCUCGACUCGUCCUCGAGCAACAGAAAAAUCCAGGUGUGUUGGAGGCGCUGCAGGAAAUAGCCAGACAGCUAGGCAUGGGUCUACCCGAACUGCUGCUGGAGUGGUGCCAUUGCGUUCUCUCCGUGUUGCUGCUGCGGGCAAAUGGGAGUGAGCUGGAGUCUGCCCUUCAGUUCUAUGAGGCACAGACUGAGACAGAUGCACAUGACAUCUUCAAGGCAGUUCUUCCAGCUCUACUUGAUGAGCUUAUACGCUUCCUAGGGGAUGAUGAGACGGAAGAGGGACAGAGGAGAUCAGCUCGUGUGGCACCCAUGAUCAAGGAGGUUGCAAGCAUUGUGGCUGGAUCAGAUAAUCUGCCUGACUUUCUCCGAACGUAUUUCGUUGGCCUUCUGAACACGAUUGAUCGGAAGCUUCUCCGGUUAGGCGACUCCUCAGCUCAGCGUCAGGCCCUGCGUUGCAUCGAACGGCUGAUUGAACUCAUUGGUCCCCACCUGAGCUCGUUCGUUCCAAAGAUCAUGGCGCUUCUGACGUGGGCUUUGCAGGAAUCAGCACUCCGGCCGCAGGGGCUUGCCGUGUGGCUCUCCUUUGUGCGCACGUUGGGAAGAGUUGCACCAGCAAACCUGAAGUCGGUCGCUUGUCAGAUCGUUGUGGCUGUUCUUCCUUGUCUGGAAGGAGAAGAGGACGAAGAUGGUGGCGAUUGCCCUCGCCGCUCGGGGAUUGUUUUGUUACGCCGCAAGCGGAAGCUCGGCGAUGAGGAGGGCAACGCUUCAGAGUACCCAGGCUGUCCAAAGACUCCAAACGGGCAUCAAGGUAAUGAAAAGAAUCCAUAUCUGGACGCCACUGUCAAUAUCCUCAAGGAGUUGGUUGUCACACACAAAGACGCAUUAGAAGAACAGCUUCAGGAGCUCCCAAUGCUGCCAACAAUUCCUGCUCUGAAGGGGGUGAACGCAGUCUUGGAGGAGGCUCGCGGGGAAAUGACCCUGAGAGAGCAACUGAAGCGUGCUACCGAGGGGCUGAAGCACGAAAGCUUGAGCGUCAGAUACAUGGCAGCUGGAGAGCUGAAAAAGCUUAUGAGUAAGAAACGGGAGGAGAUCAACACGAUGGUGAUGGGCGAGGACAGCGGUGCGGAAGCGAAAGUGGUAAGCGAACUGGUUGCGGCUCUGCUGCGGGGAUGUGGUGCGGAAGCGCGCACUGCCAUUAGCCAACAAGUGAAGAUGCUGUGCACAGAAUGCUUAGGGGAGAUGGGAGCCAUCGAUCCAUCAAGGUUGUCCGUGGAGCUACGCCGCGUGUGCAGGAUUGAUCGGACAAACGAGGACUUCAUGUUUGAGUUGAUCAACGAGCAUCUGGCGAAAGUGCUGCGAGCGGCACAGGACACAGACGUUCAGGAUGCUGCAGCUUUGGCUAUCCAAGAGUUGCUGAAGAUAGGUGGUUGCAGAUCUGCGGCAGUAAUUGCGGGAAGUGCCACUCGAGGAGCGCCUGGGGUUGCCGAUGCAGGUGGGGCCGGCGGACAGCUGGGGUGGAGGCUGUGGAGUCGGUUUCCUGAGGACGUGAAGGAGAUCAUUGCGCCCUGCUUGACCUCCAAGUAUGUCUUGGUAAAGAAUCCAGGCCCUCCAAUGGCGACAGGACCAAUUUACCGCCCUGGGAUGUCCUUUCGACGAUGGAUAUAUCUCUGGAUCCAACGGCUCAUAGCACAGUCUGUUGGUGCAAGGUCAGCAAUCUUCAACGCAUGUCGUGGUGUGGUACGUCACGAUGUCGGCACUGGUUUGUAUCUUUUGCCUUAUCUUGUCCUGAAUGUGACCUGCAAAGGGGAGGAAGAGUCCCGCACGGCUGUGAGAGAAGAAAUUCUUGCUGUUUUGGCAGAACGCUCUGGCGAGAAACAAGGUGGCAGCGAGGACGCACAAGCUGUGGAUGCAAAAGGGGGACAUGGUACAUUGGGACUUGCUCCUGGCAACAAUCAUGGCUAUGGGGGGGUCAACAUUGGUGCUAACAUGGGCCCAAGUGAAGUAAGCACUCAGGCAGUUUUUGCCCUCCUUGAUUUGCUGGGGCAAUGGCUGGACGAAUGCAAGCAACCGGCGGCCACAGCAAAGAAGCAAGGUCCCGAUGGCGACGAAGAUGCUGCGGCGAUUGUGGUCCAGUCCACUCAUGUGACCCAGCUUUUGGAUGCAAUCCCCAAGGAAGCACUAGCAAGAGCGUCCUUCCGCUGCCAGGCGUAUGCAAGGGCUCUCUUGUACUUUGAAUCACAUGUAAUGGACAAGUCGGGCGCAUUGAAUCCCUCUUCUGCACAGGGGACGACAGGUCAUCAUGGUGUGUUUGCCGACGAGGACGUCUCCCUGUUGUUAGAAAUCUACAGUGGGUUGGAUGAGCAUGAUGGACUCUCGGGCGUGGCAAAGCUUCGCCGAUCGUCAAGCCUGCAGGAUCAGAUGCUGAUAAAUGAGAAGUCCGGUAACUGGGUGGAAGCCCUGACCUGCUACGAGCAGGCACUGCAGGCGGACCCCGGGAACAUAAUGCAGUGUAUGGGAAUGCUGAACUGUCUGCUCAACAUGGGGCACCUGCAGGCGAUGGUGACGCUCGUUGACGGCUUGAUAGCGCGCGUUCGACAGGUGCGCAAGGAAUGGUGUACGAGGGGAGUUCAGGCAGCGUGGAGGCUAGGAAAUUGGGAUCUCCUGUCAGAGUAUCUGGACGGUGCGUCAGGGGAGCAUCAGAGGGAGGGAAGUGGGAGUGGGGGAAGCAGCGGUAGCAGUGGGGAUUGCCAUUACUUGGGCGGCGAUGCAGCGUUCGAUAUGGACCUGGCGAAGACCUUGCAGGCAUUGCAGAGACGAGACCGCGGUGCAUUCACUUCACACCUUACCCAUGCCCGACAGGGAUUGUUGCCCCCUCUGGCAGCUGCUAGCAUGGAAUCGUAUGUGCGGGCAUAUCCGUUGAUCGUCAAACUCCACAUGCUCCGUGAAGUCGAAGACGGCUUCAUGUCCUUGACUGCUGAGGAAGGCCAUGAGAGCUCUGCCAAGGAGGGUGGCAAGGAGGUUGAGGCGGUUGUAGAUGUCGAGCGCUGGUUGCAAGACUGGGAGAAUCGGUUGAAGAUAACGCAACCCUCGCUGUGGACCCGUGAGCCGAUACUGGCCCUCCGAAGGCUGAUAUACAGGAUGAACGGGAUGCGUGCAGAAGAGGGUACAUGCUGGCUGCAGUACGCGAAAAUGUGUAGGAAGGUGGGCCACUAUGAGACGGCGACACGGGCGAUUCUUGAAGCGAGAUCUUACGGAGCACCGAAUGCACACCUGGAAAUGGCGAAGCUGUACUGGGACACCAAGCAAUGUCAUCGCGCCAUCGCGGAGCUCCAGGAGGCGCUCCUGAAAGCACCCCCUGGAAUGUUAGGUGCGGCAGCAGGUGCCGCGCUGGGUGGUCUGGUCCAUCAGGGUGGGACUCCUGGGACAGCAGCAGAACCGGGCGCGGUUCCGAAGGCGGGGGCGGGGGAAGGAGCAGCGGCACUUGCGACGCCAACACAAGUGCGGAGGGAUCAGGCGGUGGAUGUGGCACGGACAGUUUUAUUGCUUUCGAGGUGGUUUCAUCAGACGGGUCAGAAGCAGAAACAAGAUGUGAUUCCACUUUAUAACCUUCUCAGAGAGAUGCGACCUCAGUGGGAGAAGUUGUAUUUCUUUCUUGCAAAGUAUUACGACGAUUUGUUCGUUGAUGCUCGGCGGCGACAAGCAGGGAAGGAAGGGGGUGGUUGUGGCAGUGGCGUGGCGAUUCUGCGAGCCAUGCAGGACCGGGAAACGAAUGCCCAUGCUCAUGUCAUUGCCGAUGACCGACCGUACGUUGUGUAUAUUCCAGAAGCCAUGCUCCACUACGCCAAGUCGCUGCACCGCGGGCACAAGUACUUGCAUCAGUCCAUGCCACGUCUUCUGACACUCUGGUUCGACUUCGGGAGUUCGUUUCCCGUGAAGUCGGUUUCCGUGACAAAGGUUCUUCACAGCGCUCAUAACAAGAUUUGUGCGAUAAUCCGAGGGUGCAUCAAGGAUCUUCCAUCCUAUCAGUGGCUCACGGCGUUCCCUCAGUUGGUUUCGAGAAUCUGUCAUCGCAAUGAGGAGGUCGUCAAGCACCUGAAGGAGAUCAUCAAGCUUGUCAUCCAGCUGUACCCGCAGCAGGCGCUAUGGACAAUGGCCGCGGUGUCGAAGUCGGGCGUUGCGGCCCGUCGAGAAGUGGCUGCGGAGAUCAUCACCGCUUCACGGCUUAAACUUCAGACGGAGAGGGAUAAGGUUCUGUUCAAUCAAUUUGAAGCACUGAUCGAGCAGUUGAUUCGCCUUUGCUUUUACGGCGGCCAGCCGCGAUCCCGACAGAUCACAAUCUCUCAAGACUUCGCAUAUCUGAAGCGGAUGAUGCCUGUCGGUGUGAUAAUGCCUGUGCAAAGGGCUCUGACUGUAACGCUGCCGGUGGAUGGCCGCACAGACCAUAACCAUGAUCCGUUUGCUGCUGGGGACUACGCGACGAUUGCCGGAAUCGUCGAUGAGGUUGAGGUGCUAGCAUCCCUCCAACGUCCGAAGAAGGUGGUGCUGUUGGGAAGCGAUGGGAGAGAGUAUCCUUUUUUGUGCAAGCCGAAAGACGAUCUCCGCAAGGAUGCGCGGAUGAUGGAGUUCACGAUGAUGAUCAAUCGGUUGCUGUUGAAGGACUCGAGCAGUCGACGGCGCCAUCUGUACAUCCGGACGUUCUCGGUGGUCCCGCUGACCGAGGACUGCGGGUUAGUCGAAUGGGUGCCGCAUACGCGAGGCCUUCGGCAUAUUCUCCAAGACGUCUAUGCGGGUUCGGGUCACUUCGAUCGACAGCGCACAAAUCCUCUCAUCAAGAAGAUCUACGAUCAAUGCCACGGCAAGAUGACCGAAGCGGAGAUGCUGACCACAAAGGUGUUGCCGUUGUUUCCUCCAAUGUUUCACAAAUGGUUUCUGAACACAUUUACUGAGCCUGCGGCAUGGUUCCGAGCGCGGUUGGCGUACGCACACACAUGUGCCGUGUGGUCCAUGGUUGGGCACAUGGUUGGCCUCGGCGAUCGCCAUGGAGAGAACAUCUUGUUCGACAGCACAACGGGUGAUUGCGUUCAUGUCGAUUUCAGUUGUCUCUUCGAUAAGGGCCUUCAGCUAGAGAAGCCAGAAAUGGUUCCGUUUCGCCUGACCCAGAACAUGGUGGACGGGCUAGGGGUCACUGGGUACGAAGGUGUUUUUGUCCGCGUGUGCGAAAUCACGCUGUCUGUUCUGCGAUCAUACAAGGAGACGUUGAUGAGCGUUCUGGAAACGUUCAUCCAUGACCCACUUGUGGAAUGGACCAAGGUACACAAGUCCAGCGUGAAGGAGGUUGAGAAUCCGCAAGCACAGAAGGCGAUCGGCAAUAUCGCAGCGCGGCUGCAAGGUGCCAUUGUAGGCGUCGGCGCGGCGCCAUCCUUGCCUUUAUCCGUGGAAGGACAGGCCCAUCGACUGAUCGCUGAAGCGGUGUCUCAUCAGAACCUGGGGAAGAUGUACAUAUGGUGGAUGCCUUGGUUUUGACUGCACACACACCCACACCCACCCACACCCACACACACACACACACACACACACACACACACACACACACACACACACACGCACACACACANUGCGUUCGGCCCGAACGGCUGAACGCAUCCCCAAGGGAUCCCAUACGUUCGAGCGUUCGGGUUCGGGCAUUCGGCCCGUCCCGAACGCCGGUUACCCUGUGUAUAUGUAUAUAUAUAUAUAUAUUUGGCCCGGCUGGGCAAGUGGUCCCGGGCUACUCUGGUAGCCCAUAGAUUUGCCAUAUUGAAGGAAAAUAAUGGGGAAAUAAAAAACAGCAAUGACGAAAUUCAUCUGCAUCGAAAUGGGAUAGAAACAAUCAAUGACAUUAAGCCAC